AUGAAUAAAUUCAUUUGUUUGACAGCUAUUUUAUUUGUUGCUAUUGGUGUAUGUCACGGCUGGCCAUUUGUUCCACCAACAAUACCAAAUGUAUUGGGUGGUUUUAUUGAACAACCAGACUUAACGACUGAUAAUUUAAUUAUAUCGUUAACCAUUUGGGCCGCUCGUCAAUUGGAAGAAGCACAAAAUCUUAUAUUAAAAAAUAUAAAUGUGAUUAAAGUUGAAACACAAGUUGUUUCUGGCGUAAAUUAUAAAAUUCGUUUUGAAACUACACCAGUUCUACCAGAUGGAACAGCAGCACGAACAAUACAAUGUGACGCGAUCAUUUAUUUGCCAUUAAAUGGAGAACAACGUUUACUGGAAGGUCAAUGUCAAACAAGUUAA